AGCAAAUGGCUACGGAGGAGACGGCAGGGGGAGCGCGCAAAGCCACCAAGAGCAAACUGUUUGAGUUCCUUGUCCAUGGAGUGCGUCCUGGAAUGCCGUCCGGAGCGAGGAUGCCCCACCAAGGUGCCCCCAUGGGACCCCCCCGGACCGCCGUACGGCGGGAACCAGGCGGUGCGGCCCGGCCUACCUGCCCCGGUCAUGGAGCCCAGCCGUAAGAGACCCGCCCCCUCCCAGCAGGCCCAGCAGCAGCAGAACGCCCAAAACCGGACCAGGAAGAAGCCAGUGGGAUUCCCUGGAGCCAAUGAGAUGCCAGCGAGGCAGAUGGACAUGAGAGAUGCCCAAUCAGAUCCAACGCUCGGAUCAAACGCUAAGAGAAGGAAAAUGGCAGACAAGAUUCUUCCACAAAGGAUCCGUGAGCUGGUCCCAGAGUCCCAGGCGUACAUGGACCUGCUUGCCUUUGAACGUAAAUUGGACCAGACCAUCAUGCGAAAACGGGUUGAUAUCCAGGAAGCCCUAAAGAGACCCAUGAAGCAAAAACGGAAACUGAGGCUGUACAUCUCCAACACCUUCAACCCUGCCAAGCCUGACGCUGACGAUUCGGAUGGCAGUAUUGCAUCAUGGGAGCUUAGGGUUGAGGGAAAGUUGCUAGAUGAUCCUGGAAAGCUGAAGAGGAAAUUCUCCUCGUUCUUUAAGAGCCUGGUGAUAGAGCUGGACAAAGAUCUGUACGGUCCUGACAACCACCUGGUCGAGUGGCACCGCACUCCCACCACCCAGGAGACCGACGGCUUCCAGGUGAAGAGGCCCGGGGACGUUAGCGUGCGCUGCACCCUGCUGCUAAUGCUGGACUACCAGCCCCCCCAGUUUAAGCUGGACCCCCGCUUGGCUCGGCUGCUUGGCAUCCACACCCAGACACGCUCUUGUAUCAUCCAGGCCCUCUGGCAAUACGUCAAGACCAACAAGCUGCAGGACUCCCAUGACAAGGAAUACAUCAACUGUGACAAGUACUUUCAGCAGAUCUUUGACUGUCCGCGACUCAAGUUCUCCGAGAUCCCCCAGCGUCUCACCAACCUCCUCCUGCCCCCGGACCCGAUCGUCAUCAACCACGUCAUCAGCGUGGACCCCAACGACCAGAAGAAGACGGCGUGUUAUGACAUCGACGUGGAGGUCGAGGACCCCCUGAAGAGCCAGAUGAGCAGCUUCCUGCUCUCCACCGCCAACCAACAGGAGAUCGCCUCACUUGACAACAAGGUGGGACACCCACACAGGAAGGAUAGCCAAUCACAAUUACCCAAGAUGACCUUCAAGAUCCAUGAGACCAUUGAGUCCAUCAACCAGUUGAAGAUCCAGAGAGAUUUUAUGCUUAGCUUCUCCAGGGAUCCUAAGGGCUACAUCCAAGACUGGCUCAAGUCCCAGAGCAGAGAUCUAAAGCUGAUGACGGACGUUGUGGGGAACCCAGAGGAGGAGAGAAGGGCGGAGUUUUACCAUGAGCCCUGGUCCCAGGAGGCUGUCAGUCGCUACUUCUACUGCAAGAUCCAGCAGAGGAGGCAAGAGCUGGAGCAGGCCUUGGCCGUGAGGAACACCUAAAGGCCCUGUCUCGACGUCUCUCUCCGCACUCUUCACCUGACCCAAGCCCUUCUAUGUGUUUUUUUUUCUUCUUCAAAUCGCUGUAGUAGUGACCUACUGUUUGACCUUUGGCCCUCUGACCCAUUCCCCUAAUCGCAUGUAUUUUCAAAACGUCUCUCAAUCUGUCCGUCUCCGAUGGACACGACCGGACGUCUCUCUUCACCCUCCUGCUACUGGGACCACAAGCCCUCGGCGGACAUUUUGUUUCAUGAACGAACCUUAUUGCAGUGGGUUGCUUUUAAUGUCACACUCUUAGAACCCACUGGCAUGCCACUGUCUGUACAUAAACACGUCAUUGUACCAGCUGCCUGCAAAAUUAUCACUGUGUUUUGGAUCCUCCUUAUCUCAACCAGAUAGACUUUUCCAGCAGAAACUGUACAUAAAAGAACAGUCAUGUUGGUCCACUGUCCCAUACAAAGAAAAACCAUUUUCAAAUGUUUUAACGUACAUGUAAAAUAUAAAAUACAUUGGCCAAAACAUAUUCUCUGUAUGUGUUAAAAUGUUGGUGUUACAUUUCCUGAUGUAUGUCACACUUUUAAGAUGUAUUUAAAAAACAUUGGCAAAUCUUUUAAAUAUUUUACAUGUAUCAAAGAUAUAUAUGUAUAUUUAAUUUCUUUUUCUUUGUAUGGGGGAGUCUCAUUUGUAUGAGCCUAUAGUAGUCGUUUGCAAACUUUCAAGUGUCUUGACUCACAGUUUAGAUUGUGCUUAUUGGUUUAGUGUAUAUUUUGCUGCAUAGUUUAUCGGAGCAAUAUGCUCAGUGUGUAUGUGUGUGUUGAACUAAAUUUACACCAGCACAAUGAGGAUUACAACAGAAAGUAACGGGUCAGCGGACUGGGCUAAUUUCCCUUCUGAAGUACAAAUGUUGACGUCUGUUAUAAAAAAUAAAAAAGCUUGUUUGAGGCAGGCAACUUUCAUUAAUGAAAUAACCCCCACUUGCAAAGUCAUCCAAGAUUUCCCACUUUUUUAACAAAAUUCACUCAAACAAUGUAUCUGAAAAGGUAUGCUGCUGUAAAUACGCAUUCCAGCAGAUAAAAGGUACAUUCCAGCUCUAUAAGCACACCAAAUGCGUAUGAUAGUUUACAAAGUGGAUUUGUAACAUAUCAUAUUAAAACAAAACAUAUUGCUGGUUCUAAUGUUUUAUACAAAAUGGGUUACAUUAAAGUCAAUUUACAGACUGACUUAUUCUGAGCAACUUACAGUAGCGAGAGAAUACAUACUCCAAAUGUUUCCCAUGUUGGAGACAAACCCACAACCCUGUGGGUUGAAAGUAACAAGUGGGCUCCGCGGGAGAUAAUUCACAGCUGGAGAAAGUAGGGGCAGCAGAUGGUGAGAGCGUAGGGCAUGUGAAAAAAAGGCUGCUGCUUCAAAACCCUGACCUGACCUUGUAUACAUUUCUGUUGUGCCCAUAAGCAAGGCGCUUAACCCUAGUUUCUCAUAUGAGUCUCUCCAGAAGUGUCAACUAAAAUGUAACAAUGUAGUACCCCAGAAAAUGGCAAACAAACCCGUUUCAUAACUGCUGAAACAGUAUCUGUUGGCUGGAUGAGACAGAUAACAUAAGGAGGAAACAAGGUGAAGUUAUGUAUUUACACUUGGCUGCCAUUGUGUUCCAGUCAAGCACACCCAUGUAUGGUUUUAAACAGACUAACUUUAUGUAAAACGAAACUCCCAGACAGACAUGUCUACUCAAAUCUCAUUUUGGGGACAACAAAUUGCAGCGCAAAAUGAAUUGCUUUAGUGGUUAAUUGUCAAUUUUAGACCGAUGUACUUCAGGAGUCCAUUUUCCUGUCAUUACUGUAGAAAAGUCAAAUUCAGGAACAGUAUUAGCUAGAGAUCUCUAAAUAUACCCUCUAAACAGUGUUUUUCUUAUGUUCAUCAAGGACACAUUUUAGAAUAUGAUGUAACAACACCAAUGUAUAUGUUUACGAAUCAUAGGGCUGUUAAUGAAAAUGCAGCCAUAACAUCUGUACUCAAUAUUCUACCAUGGUAAAUGUCAGCUAGUAACUUCACUAACGCUAACAUUUUUAAAUGAAUGCGGGAAAUAGAUAUUUUUUUUGUUUGUUUUUAGUAAAAAAAAAGUAUAUUGUGACCUGUCUCAAGUGAAUCAGUCUGACAGUAUUUUGUCCUUGAACGUUUUUUGGAGUUACCAAGGUCUCGUGAUGAAGUUUUGUAAUUCUUACAAUGAACAAUGAGAAUCGGUUACUGUAAUCAAGCGAACUUGUCUUGGCUCGAUAAAGCUACAGUUACCAGGGAAGAAGGGUGAAUAUUAAGACAUUUUUAAAAGAAGAGAUAUGUGAAUGUAAAUAUGUUCUGUUUUUUUAGGGCAAAUGUACAGCAUAUGACUGUUUUGUGUCUAUGUGUGUGGCUUAGCGACGGCGGUCAGGAAGGACUGUGUUCCAUAGGUUUUACGCUAUAGGACAGAGACACUAGUGUAUCUCUGUGAACACUUGGUUGGAGGGGUGUUAUUUUAGGCCCUUCUUGUUGAGUUUUAAUGGUGCACAACCACAGAGUUGAAGGCUGGGAGUGAUGAAGGCUCUCCGUCUCCCCAAUAUCAGGGGUCGCCUGUCUCUUUAACAAACUAACACAGCAGCUCAAUUCUGUCCGUGCCCUUCUAGCUUUGUGUUUGUCCUGUGGGAGAAGCCUUCUCAACAAUGAGUUUCUGAUUUAAAGUCAACCCCAUUGUCUUCUGUAAUGUUUAGUCGCGUCAUACUGUCUUUGUUAUAUCUCUUUUGUGUCAAGAUACUCUUCAAAAUGGCUGAGAGCUCCAAACUCAGCAUAAACAAAGAGGUUGGAUUUCAAGACCUAUGCAUGCUGCAUGGACAGGUUUUAUACAUGUAAAUAUCCCCUCAAAUGCAUGGAAGUGGGUGUAAAGAGCAAAUGGAUUUGACACCAUUUUCAUUGUGAAGGGGGCCUUUUUUGAACAUUUGCUAAACACCUGUGUGCUACCAGCCAGUGUAGAUAUUAUCUGCAGCUACAGUUGUUUCAAUACUACAGGUUCCAUGUAUGUAUGUAUGCCAACUGCACUAAUCAAGGGAACAUACUAGUUGUUGUUUUCCACUGUGAUUAUCAAUAGUUUGACCCAGAUUGGUACCUGUGUGAUUUCGCCCCCUGAUGGGCAUUUUAGAAACUACUGCUCAUGGACAACUCUGACAAUGGAAACCUUAUGUCAUUUCACUAAUAUAAAAGACCGUAUUUAAACUGUGCCCCCUCUCUUUCUCUGAUGAAAAGCAUUCAUAUUGUUCUACCUUAAAUAGGUGGUAAUCGCAGUCUCUGUGCAUGACUUUGUGAGGAGAGCUGUUGUACUUUACAGCUCUUGCAUCACCAUUUUGUUAGUCAACACCAUAGAGAUAUGAUAGAUCUCACUUGUGUGAACAUGUUGGUUUACCGCAUUUUACAACUGAAAAAAAUAUAAUGAUGAAACCACAGCUGUGACUCUAUGAGACACCCUGGAUGUAAAAUAAAGAAGCGCUUGCCAAAGUUUGUAAAUUCCA